GUAUUUUUUUGUGAGCAGAAUCUUAUAUAUUGUGUAAUCGGGGAAACAUAAUCUUGGCUCAUAGUUUGUUAAGUAUACAUAAUAAAUAUUUUGAUUUAUAUUUUAAUCAUAUACUCGAUCAUAACACGAUAGAUUUGGAGUUCAUGGUUGUGUGAAAUAUAAAUAACCCAGGCAGCUUCAUGUGUGAGGAGUGUGUGGAUGUGGUUGGCUCAGACCUCCUCUGCCUCCUCUGUCAUAGGCUCCUGCUGCAGCUGAUCAGCGGAGGAGGACCGGGAUCAGCUCUGCCCCCCUGUGGAGGAACUGACCACCGCACGGAGCUGGUGUCCUGCCACCAAGGUUAGUCAUUAACCCCGUCUCCUUCUCCGUCACUCCGGGCACCGCACAAGGAGGACAGCAGUCCGAGGCAUGCUGCCGCCCCGCCGCCACAUCUUACCAUGGGCGACUGUAACCACCGGCCGCAGCAGCGGGCUACACCCGCGGAGGACGACACCAUCACCGUAGAGUUCCACAAAGUUGACCGCGGCCAGGACACCGACGGCGGCGAGCGCGACGACGAUGAGCGGGCGGCGGAGCGAGUUCACCUGCGGGGCAACUGUCGCCUGUCGAGCGGGUACGAAGAAGAAGAGGAGGAGGAGGAGGAGGAUGCUGAGGAAGAGGAGGUGGAAGCGACACGGGCCGACGAGUCACUGGAAGGCGGCAAGAGGAAAACGCUGUGUCCGCCGGCGUUUUGUCUCCGGAGAGAUCCCGCAUCCCGAGGAGGAAGUGCCCAGGAAGGUGCAGAGAAACCAAAGGGAUGUCCAGGUCUGGGUUUGUUCUAUGCUUUCCUGUCCACAGUCUUCUUCUCUAUCAUCGCUCUCCUGGUGAAAUCCAUCCAGGGAAUCCACGCCAUAGAAAUCAGUGCCAUACGCUGCUUCUUCCAGAUGCUCUUUGUUAUGCCUUUACUCAUCUACCACAAGACAGGUUUCCUUGGUCCCAGAGAUAAACGUAUAUUUCUGGUGCUUCGGGGUUUCAUCGGCUCCAAUGCCAUGAUCCUGCUCUUCUAUGCCGUUCAGCAGAUGCCACUGGCAGACGCCACCGUCAUCAUGUUCAGUAAUCCAGUCUUUACCUCACUCCUGGCUUGGAUCUUUCUGAAGGAGAAAUGUACAAUCUUGGAUUGUGUCUUCACUGUUUUUACCCUGACUGGUGUCAUCAUUAUCGCCCGACCACCUUUCCUCUUUGGCCAACAUCUGCGUGGCAUUGAAGGCAACUACGCUAACCACAUCAAGGGGACUAUUGCUGCGUUUGCAGGAGCGGUCGCGGCUGCUUUUACAUUUGUUGUCCUCCGCAAAAUGGGGAAGAGCGUCCAUUACUACCUCUCUGUUUGGUACUAUGCAGUCAUCGGUUUCCUCGAGUGCCUCAUCACUGUAUCCGUCCUUGGGGAAUGGAAAAUCCCGUACUGUGGGCGCGAUCGCUGGAUACUGAUGCUGAUUGCUGUCCUGGGCAUAGCUGGUCAGGUCUUCCUGACAAAGGCCCUGCAGAUCGAGAAGGCCGGACCCGUGGCCCUGAUGAGGACUGUGGACGUGGUGCUGGCGUUCAUCUUCCAGUUCAUUUUCUUUAACCGUGCACCGACCUUGUGGAGCCUCGGAGGGGCGCUGUGCGUGGUGGCGAGCACUAGUGGAAUAGCAGUCAAGAAGUGGUACAGCAACUCUCGCAAGAGCUGAGCUAGAGGAGCGACAUGGAAUCCUUCAGUUUUACUAUUUAUUCUUUUGUUUUUCAUUCUCUUAGAGUAUGUUCUUGAUUUAUUCAGUGUUUUAUUUGUUAUUCACAUGCAAAUCUGAGGAGGACGAGGCUUAAGCUGUUUGAAGGAGUUAAAAGCAGGAAUACAGAUGAGACGGUUAUGAGCUUGUGAGAGCUUUAAAUUCAAUUUUUAAUUCUGUACAUCUAUACAUGUUGAUUCCUGAGGGUCAACUUGUGUAAUUUAUUGUUAUACAUUUAUUUUUGUGUAAACAAGCACAUCUGACAGGAAAAAAGCUGUAUAAUCACCUUACAGACCCGAGCUGUGUCCUGCUCCCUGGAGCCCGUGUAGCUUAUUUUCAUGACAAUAUUCCUAUUUUCCUUCCUGUUAUAAAACGUGUGCAGCAUAAAUGAGGUGCAAGUUGAAUUUCACCGUCAUGAAAAAAGUUUGAUUAAGAAUUUCCUCGGCCCCAUUUUCCUUUAGCUUUAACCUGAACAAAGAAGCCAAAGAUAGAUGUUUACUGCACUGGGACCAUUCUCACUGUGCCACAUAGAAAUCAUGUAUACCAGCUAUAUUAUUUCAUUGUGCUAUGGUCUUGGCACUAUUGAAUAUACACUAUAUAAUCCACACACAAAAAAAGGAUGGAAAUCCAAAUAAGCAGUAUAAAUAAGUGAAAUAUAGAUAUCUAUUACCUUUUAGUUUAAAAAUGCAUUUGUGAUAAAAACAUUUCAAAUAUUUCUGUAAAAAAAAAAAAAAAAAGAUAAACUCUAAAUAAAAUCCCAAUUUUAGUUUUUACUUGAAUACAUAGUCGUGCUGUAGGAUUCUCUCAGGGAGUAAAUUAUAAAUAAAACAAUUAUCCACAUUUCAAUUUAUACAGAUAAAUCCUCCCCAAAUUAAGUUGUCAUUGAAGAAGUUAUCCCAUUAUGAUAUAUAUUGAUAUUUGAUUUUUCUUCUGUUACUUUUCCAAUAUAUUAAGAAGUAAUUGGGUCGAAAAUAUCUAUUAAGAUCCUGUCCACAGUUAAUAAUCUCUACACAAUAUCUCUGAAGUGCCUUAAGCAGGGACCUUUAACCUCCAGCUUCCUUGAGUGGAGCUGCUCAGUAACCAGCCGCCUGCACUGGACAGUUCUCAGGUGUUAUUCCUCUUAUGAAUAUGAGGUAUGGCUGAUAAGAACAUUUCAGCUUAUAAAUGAUUUUAAUGCUUGUAUUAAUAUUGACAUUAUCAAAACAGCAUUUUUAAAAUAAGGCACAUAAGAUGUGGCCUAAAUCCCUCAGUAUAAGAAUACAGUAUGUCCUCUUCUUUAAGAAGUGGCAUACACAUUUCAAGGGGAGUACAGAGAUAUACAGUGGUCUGACAGGGCACGGCACAGUGUGACAUGUAAAAGCCUCUCAAUGUUGGAGAAAACACAAUGAGCUGAGAGUUGAUUUAAUCUUUACUUCAAUGUAACUUGCUGUGGUUCAUCUUCAUCCCAACUGUGCACAAAUAUUAUGCAAGAAGUAGUUAAAUAAGCACUUAAAUAAUAGUUUGUUUCUAAUAUUACCUGUUCUUUUUUUAUUAAUAAAAAUGUAUCAGCUCAUAGACUUAUGCUCCUACCCCUUAAUUUUAAUGAGCAGAGUUUAGUAGUUAAAUGGUUUAUUUCAGGUCAAUGCAUCAAAACCCCUCUGAUAUAAUUCGAUUUUAAAGACAACGUGUGAGAUAUAGUAAACUCUCUUGUGGUUCGAGUGCCAUAUUUUUGCGUGAAUGAGUUUAUUUAACGGCACUGUGACAUUUAUUAGUCAUUGUUUGUAGAACAGUGAGACGUUCUGGACACUACACAUGUUCGCAGGCUAAUUUCAUGUCCUUGUUUGAUUUGCUUUCACACGUGACUUUUACUGCUCAGAAUUUUAGUUUAGCCGACUUGAAUACUGGUAGCUUUAAGCACAACGUGUUGAAUCACCAUCAAAUGGUUUGGUAAACAUUUGUUUCAGGACAUGUAAGCCUUACAAACUUAAUAAAGCUGUAUAGGAUUUUUAAAACAUGGUUUAAUAGUAUUUAUUUUACUAUUUCUGUAUUGUAUUACAUCAGCAUAUUCUUUGUAAAUAUUUCUGCAUAGUGAUGGA